CGUCCACUGCCUGUCUGUCUGUCUGUCCGUCCCCGUCCACUGCCUCUAUCCGUCCCCGUCCACUGCCUCUAUCCGUCUGUCCCCGUGCACUGCCUCUGUCUGUCCCCGUCCACUGCCUCUGUCUGUCUGUCCCCGCCCACUGCCUCUUUCUAUCCCCGUCCACAUCUAUCUAUCUAUCUAUCCAUCCCCAGCCACCCCCUCUGUCUGUCUAUCUCUUUAUGCAAAAAAAGCCUAGUCUGGAAGGGGGCUAUUUUUGGCCACACCAUAUUUUUCUGGAUUUUGACCUUUGCCAACUAGUUUUUGGAUGUUGUGACUCUUGGUUCCGGUGUCGUUUGCCAUCUGGCCGGCUCAGCGCCUGCGUGAUUCGGGGCAUGGUGCAAACCUCUGGGAUUGGGGGAGAUGCCGAAGCAAAUGACUGGGUUUGAAUGUUGAGGUUGUGGGGGGCGUAUCUCAAUUUUCUUGGAAGUUGCAAAAAAAAUUAACUGUGUGUGUGAGAGAGAGCAACUUUUUCUGCACUUUAAAGUUGGCACAGUUUUUUCUGUGGAUUAAAAGAAUUCUGGAUUUCUGCAUUUGCCUAACUUCUGGAAUGUUUGAUGCAUUCAUUAGCAAAAUUUCUCAGCAGUUUCCACCGCAAGAUAAUGAUUUUUUCUAGCUUUGGGUAGACAGUUUGCAACAUUUCUGGAGUUGUGAACAUGCACCGUUUCUGUGGAAGGAGAUUCAGGAUAUAAGGACGUGGUUUUGAUGAUGUUUCUGGAUUUUUUUGAGAGUUAAGAUUAUUUUUUUCUUUCAUUGUGGGGAAAAAGAUUUGCAGGGAGUCUGUGAUUUUUCUGGAGAUUUGAACUUGUUAAAAAACUGGCUUUGGGGGACAUUUUGCAACAUUGCUGGAUCUUGGAAUGUGCAAAAAAAGGUGUAUUUUGAGGGAAAUUUCAUGGCAUUCCUGGAUAUCUGAACUUGCAAAAAAAAAAAAAGGGGGAAAUUUUGAGCUCACUGAAAAAUCAUCUUGAUUUGGGGACGUUUGCAAAAACGGCUGUUGACGUUUGCAAGAAUUCUGGAGUUUGGAAUGAGGCCACAUUUCUGGCUCCUUCAGCUCACAAAAAUGGUCUAGAUUUGGGGGAAAGGUCGGAAGAUUUCUACACGGUUGCAAGAUUGUUUUGCAAAUAUUGUCUGGAUUUUUCAGUGGCAAGAUUACGCAAAGGUUUGCAAACUUUCCUUGAUUGCCGGGGCCGCUCUUGGCUACUGUGAGCUUUGCGGAGGACCCUCUGGAAAUGCCUGCCCUUUGCUUUCUGGUUGCAACGCAGUCCUGUUCUUGCAAAAUCGGAUUCUGUCCUAACUUGUUGAACCCCCUUGCGUGCCUCGCUCCACGCGCCAUGAAAGCAGCCAGGCCUGUCUGCAUGUGCCUGCGCUCGCUGGAUGUAUUUUGCUGACCAAAGAAGCUGUUUGCAGAGCAGAAAAGACUCCUCGAGUCUCCGGAAAAUGACUGGGAUUCUGUUCUUCUGCGGCUGGACUUUGUGAAAAGAGUCGGGUUCGGAUCCGAGGGGAAACUCAACGGAUUUGCUGAGUUGGCUGGAAACUACAUAGGCCAAAAAUAUUGGGCCUGGUUGGUUGGUCUCCAAAGCUCAUGGAAGAAAGAAUGAGGGAACUCUAAGGAACUGGGACACUUUUGAAUGAACUUUGACAAAAGUUUACAAGAAAAUUGUGAUUCUCUCUCUCUCUCUCUCUCUCUCUCUCUCUCUCUCUCCAUCCCCAUAUCCCCCCCGCCCCCCACAUCCACAGCAGUAAACUCCAACAUCCUUUAAUCUAGGCCUUAAUUUACACUUCAGAGGAAGCCGGGAUUGUGCCUGUUCAUUUCACUCUUUUCUUCAUUAUUCACCCCCUUUCUUUACCAUUUCCCAAGUUCUGUCCCUUGGCUUUCUCCUCCCGCCCCACCUCCCUCCUCUCCUUCCUUCCGCUCUCUGCCCACACCAGACCCCUCCCCAGAGGAACCAUGUCUGCUCAGCUGGCCCGAGCGCUGUUCGACAACGUGGCCGAGUGCCCGGAGGAGCUCUCCUUCCGCCGCGGGGACCUGAUGCUGGUGCUGCAGCCCGAGGUGCCCGGCCUGGCCGGCUGGCACCUCUGCUCGCUGCACGGGCAGCAGGGCAUCGUCCCAGCCAACCGCGUCCGCGUCCUGCCCGAGCCGGGGCCCCCCAACCUCUCGCCGGCGCCCCGCAAGGAGAGCGCGCCAGCUGCCCUCUACCACCCGCCCCAGGGCCAGAGGAGCAGCAGCGCAGGGCAGGAGGAGGAGCAGCAGGAGGUGUAUGUGGUGCCCCCACCCACCCGGCCAUGCCCAACCCCCUGUGAUGAUAUCUACAAGGUGCCCCGUGCCACCCGGAGAGACAGGGACCCCAGCGAGGUCUACGAUGUCCCCGGCUCCCUCCUGCGGGACGCCCCCCUCUCCGACACCUAUGACACCCCCUCGCCCUUCCCCAAGCAGGCGGCAGAGCUGGACGCUGACCCCUACAAUGUGCCCCCCCCGGCCAAGCCGCCCCCGGUCCAGGAGGAGGAGGAGGGACGGGAGGAAGAAGCAGCCCCCGUCUACGCCGCCCCCUCCAACCUGCGCCGGGCGUCCGCCCUGCUCAACCUGUACGAGUCGCCGGAGGAGCUGCUAGGGGGGGAGUACGACCUGCCGGGGCCCCCCGCACCGGAGGCGGCCCUGGGGGGGCUGAGCCUGGGCGAGGGGCCGGACGAGGGGGCGGGGGAUGGGCACAGCGAAUACGAGGGGAUCCGACUGGCGGAGGAAUACGACUACGUCCACCUCAAGGGGACAGACAGGCUCCAGCCCCCGGCUACAGACUGUGACCCCCCAGAGGAGGCAACCAGCCCCAGACCCCAACCAGAGACCCCUCUUUUGCUGGAGGAGGAGGAGGUGCCGCCCAGCGCCGAGGAUGCCCAGCUGCUGCAGUUCUAUGCGGGCCAGUGCCGGACACACUACGCCACCCUCCUGGCAGCCACGGAGGCCCUGCUGGCCAGCGCCGGGGCCAACCAGCCGCCGGGCGUCUUCGUGCCGCAUGGGCGCUUCGUGCUGGUCACGGCACACAAGCUGGUCUUCGUGGGCGACACGCUGGCGCGCCAGGCGGCCUCGGCCCCCGUGCGGGCCCGGGUGGGGGCAGCCGCCGGCGCCCUGUGCCAGGCCCUCAAGGGGGCUGUGCUGUCGGUCAAGGCGGCGGCGCUGAGCUACCCCUCCGCCCCUGCCGCCCGCCUGCUCCAGGAGCGCCUGGCCGAGCUCUCCCGGCGGGCGCAGGCCUUCACCGGCCUGCUCAGCACCCUGGCCCCCUCCUGACCCGCAUCCAAUGGCCCAUUGCAAUCCCUGACACCGUGUGCCCCGGCCUUGACCUUUGCCCUCUGCGACCCCCGUUACCUCCACUCUUGACCCCACCCAAGGGCUUCCCCUCCUGGCCUGCCCCCCAACCAAAAAGCCCCUUGACCUGUGACCUCUGCCCCCAGUCCAGGUCCUGCCCCGCAAAGCCCUGACCCUCUUCACAGGGGGGAAUCUUCGUAUUAUUUAUAUUUCAGGGUCUGGACUCAUGGAGGGUGGAUGGGUCACCCCCCAACCCUGGGGGCCCCAAAGUUGCUGGGGGGGGGUCAGAGCAAUGCCAAAGACUUGACUGCGGUUGGGCAGCAGCAGAGGAAUCCCCCCACACACACCUGGAGACGGGGCGCAUUAGCGGGGGGGGGGUCAGCCAACACCAGCAUGGAGCAGAGGCUCAUGGGAGAAUGGCCAAGGCAAGAGGGAGCAGAGGAGUCUGGGUAAAGCCCAGCAAAGGGGAUGGGCCCCCUCGGCAGCCCGAACUGCUAAGAACCGAUGAGUCCCCAGCCCCUGGCACCUCCCUUGGCAGCUUUGCUGGGGCCCCUCCCGCCCGACCCGCACCCCCUCACCAGGAGCCCACAGGUGACCUGCUCUC